UCUUGUGUUUGCCAUCAAGAGCGGCCUCGCGUGGACCCACACCUGACUGCCCUCCCCAGCGGGCCCCCACCUCCCUCAGAAUGACUCUGGACGUGGGGCCGGAGGAUGAACUGCCCGACUGGGCUGCGGCCAAGGAGUUUUACCAGAAGUACGACCCGAAGGACGUCAUUGGCAGAGGAGUGAGCUCUGUGGUCCGCCGUUGUGUUCAUCGAGCCACUGGUGAUGAGUUUGCGGUGAAGAUCAUGGAGGUUACAGCUGAGCGGUUGAGUCCUGAGCAGCUAGAGGAGGUGCGGGAAGCUACUCGGCGAGAGACGCAUAUCCUUCGCCAGGUCGCCGGCCACCCCCACAUCAUCACUCUCAUCGAUUCCUACGAGUCUUCUAGCUUCAUGUUCCUGGUGUUUGACCUGAUGCGGAAGGGAGAGCUGUUUGACUAUCUCACAGAGAAGGUGGCCCUCUCAGAAAAGGAAACCAGGUCCAUCAUGAGGUCUCUGCUGGAAGCAGUGAGCUUUCUCCAUGCCAACAACAUUGUGCACCGAGACCUGAAACCCGAGAAUAUUCUCCUAGAUGACAAUAUGCAGAUCCGACUUUCAGAUUUUGGGUUCUCCUGCCACUUGGAACCUGGCGAGAAGCUUCGAGAGUUGUGUGGGACUCCAGGGUAUCUGGCACCAGAGAUCCUUAAAUGUUCCAUGGAUGAAACCCAUCCUGGCUAUGGCAAGGAGGUUGACCUCUGGGCCUGUGGGGUGAUCUUGUUCACACUCCUGGCUGGCUCGCCACCAUUCUGGCAUCGGCGCCAGAUCCUGAUGUUACGCAUGAUCAUGGAGGGCCAAUAUCGAUUUAGUUCACCUGAGUGGGAUGACCGUUCAAACACCGUCAAAGAUCUGAUCUCAAGACUGCUAAAGGUGAAUCCUGAGGAGCGCCUGACAGCUGAGCAGGCCUUGCAGCACCCCUUCUUUGAGCGCUGUGAAGGCAGUCAAUCCUGGAAUCUUACACCCCGCCAGCGGUUCCGGGUGGCAGUGUGGACAGUGCUGGCUGCUGGACGAGUGGCCUUAAGCUCACACCGAGUACGGCCAUUGACCAAGAGUGCAUUGUUGAGGGAUCCCUAUGCACUUCGGCCAGUGCGACGCCUCAUUGACAACUGUGCCUUCCGGCUCUACGGGCACUGGGUAAAGAAGGGCGAGCAGCAGAACCGGGCAGCUCUUUUCCAGCACCGGCCCCCUGGGCCUUUUCCCCUCAUGGGCACUGAAGAGGAGGGAAACACCACUGCUAUCACUGAGGAUGAGACGGCACUGGUGCAGGGCUAGGACCUUAGCCCUGGGCAGCCUCAGAAAGCAGGAUUUUCAAGGAGGAGACUUUUUAUCAUUCCAGCCCUUCUGGGCUCUGACCUCAGGCUCCCCUGCCUAACAAGGUGCACCACUGAUCAUGCCACUGUUGUAGAGACCAGCCCUGUGCACCUACUCUCAUUGGCUUAGGGCUUGAAAUCAAAGCUGGGGUGGAAGGGGAGCCAUUCUGAAUGCCAUGCCUGGCCUUGUCAGUACUGCUUGUGCUGCAUCUGAAA